AUGUUGGGUCGAGAUGUGUUCUGUAGAUCAAUUUUGUUGCGGAAUGAAGUUUCGGAUCCUAAAAGAUAUCACUUGUUUUUUGUGCUACUCGUACUUUUAUUUUUACUGACUUGUUUGUUUUCUUAUCCAGAUGCUUACUCGAACAUCCCCAAGAAAGUAACAGACGAGGUAGCACGUUAUAUCCCAAUCACUCUUCAGUCUUCUUCUCCGACUAUUGUUACCAGCAAUUUCCAAAAUUCUCAUCUAAAAACUAGAGAAGAUCCAUACUUUGCUUUUAAUUCAUCCGAUUGUCCUACUGAAGAAUGGAAUAAUAUACGAACGAGCUCUAUUCCAAAUUCAAAACUUCACCGGGAGUGGUUAGACAAGAAACUCAAAACCAUUAAAUAUCUUUACCAUACUUCUCCAAGCGUCUUGGCAGCUUUUGUUCACAAAGAUCAAAUUAUUGUGACAUUGACUUCCGAGAAUCAGUAUAACACUACAGUAUACUGCAGGUACUACGACUGUAGACGAGGAGAAAUUUCAGAUCAUUUUGAGAGUGUUAUAUUCCCCCAGUCAACCGUUUUCUGUGCACGUCGUCCUGGGGCAAAGUAUAUUUCUAUAUCGAAAACUCUCAAAGAGAAUCCAGAAUAUUCUGUACCCAUUGUUCCUAGAACUCAACGACCUCCUCACUACUUCACAGUUUGUAUGGCAACUUUGUAUGGAGAUGAACCGAAAUUCCUUCAAAUCGUAGAUUUCAUCGAGUAUUAUAAACUACAAGGAGCCACUUUCUUCCAUAUUUAUUUGAGAAAUGUGACAGAUUACGAUCGAGUUUUGUUGGACGAUUAUGUUAGAACUGGAGAUAUUGAGAUUAUUAAAAUGCAUGACCACUAUUGGAGAGACGAUUUCAUGUGGCACAAUUCCCAGAUCAAUGUACGAAUUAUAUUGGAGACUACCUUCAUUUCAUGUUUCAGGAUUGUCAUCAUCGAAACAAAUACUUUUCUAAAUGGACGGCACACUGUUCAUAACUCAAGCAUAGUGAAUCUUCAUUUUCUAGUCCAAUGGGUCAUAAAACAAAACAAUACUCCCGCGAGAUACGAGAGUGAUGAACAGCUUAUUCGAGAGAUGAUCUUCCACAAAUACCAGAACACAUCCAAAGUUGGAGAUCUCUGGAAUCAACCGAAGUGUAUAAUCCGUCCCGAAAAGAUUGGAGCAAUGACAAUUCAUUUACCAACUGCUGUUUAUGAAGGAGAACAAUUCACACCUGUUCCUCCAUCUGUCGGAGUGGUGAGGCAUUAUCGUAACGUGGAGCAACGGGUUUUUGCUGGAGCUCUACAGAGAAUGAUGUCACAUGGUCCUUUUACUCUCUUGCCUAUUCCUCACUGGAUUGAUGAAGAAUUAACAAAAACAAUAGUGAGACGAGUCAAAUGGGUAUACAAUCCUGUAGAUGUGGAGUGUAUCAAAAAGCAGAGGACUUACAAUAUACACGGAGGAAUAAGUGCACCUUGUUGGUUGGAGGAACAGGCGAUGAACGACUGA